AUGAAAACAAACUCAUUACAACAAUGCAACGACAUUCCUCUGCCUCCUACUACUACUACUACUACUACUACUACUACUACUACUACUACUACUACUACUACUACUACUACUACUACUACUACUACUACUACUACUACUACUACUACUACUACUACUACUACUACUACUACUACUACUACUACUACUACUACUACUACUACUACUACUACUACUACUACUACUACUACUACUACUACUACUACUACUACUACUACUACUACUACUACUACUACUACUACUACUACUACUACUAAUACUACUACUACUACUACCCACACUACUACUACUACUGUGAUCAUUAAAACAAAUACAACGAUAAGCAGCAUUAUAUUAUAUAAUAUGAAAAUUAAAUCAGGUGUGAAUGCUUUAAAUAUGGACAACUCAUCGAUCGACAGCAAUGAUGAUAAUUGUAGACAAAAACUAAAAAGAGGACAUUCCGGCGUGAAUCAGCUAGGUGGAAUGUUUGUCAAUGGUCGACCAUUACCGGAUACAACACGUCAACGUAUUAUUGAAUUGGCACAUUCUGGUGCACGUCCAUGUGAUAUAUCACGUAUUCUACAAGUAUCGAAUGGUUGUGUCUCGAAAAUUCUAUGUCGUUAUUAUGAAACUGGUUCUAUUAGACCAAAAGCAAUUGGUGGCAGUAAACCAAGAGUGGCAACAAAUUUAGUUGUAUUAAAAAUUGCCAAUUAUAAAAAAGAAUGUCCAUCAAUAUUUGCAUGGGAAAUACGUGAUCGUUUAUUACAAGAAGGUAUAUGUACUACAGAAAAUAUUCCUAGUGUUUCAUCAAUCAAUCGUGUUUUAAGAAAUGUUUGUAAUGACAAUCAAUUACCGCUUCAAUUAGGAUCAAAUCUUUCACAAACAGAACAUGACCAUAAUCCUUCUAAUCCUAUUCAUCAUACAUUAAAUUCAUUGAUAAACAGACAAACAAUCAAUUCACAUGACCAUUUAUUACAUCAUCGCAACAAUCAUACACAGAGCCAAUUCAAUUUACCGCUAAAUCCAAUGCCAAUGAUCAAUUUUCAAUCACCACAUUUUAAUCAUUUCAUGAAUCAAUCACCCAUUGUAGAUGAUAAACAAAACUAUCCACUUUCUUUAACAAUGAAUCAUGUCGUAACAGCACAUGGAUUAAAUAUCUCAUCGCCUAGAUUAUCAUCAUCAUCACCAUCACAAACUUCACCAAUUCGAUUUCAUCAUCCAAAUGUCACAAUCACUUCUUCUCAUCAACCAUCAUCAGCUGCAGCUGCUGAAGCUGUUGUUGGUGGUCAUCAACAAAACUAUCCACCAUCUUCCGUUGUACAUCCUAAUCGUUUAUGUGAACUGAAUGGUAUGCGUAAUGUUGACAUUGUAACAACCACUACAACUACCACGACAGUGACUACUAUUACUGCUUGUAGUGGCAAUACUACUAACAGUAAUAAUAUAAGUAGUAGUAGUAGUAAUAGUAGUAAUAGUGGUAAUAGUGAAAUGUCACCAACCUUUCAAACACCAAACACUUGUAUGUAUGAUACAUUCUCCAAUUUCUUACAUCAUACUAAUUGGCCAUCAUGGUGCAAUCAUAAUAGCUCAGCGUCAUUUUCAUCAAUCUCCACUAGUAAUCAUCGGACACCGCCGAUUUCAGGAGAUAUGAAUGUGAAUGUAAGAAAUUAUACUACUACUAAUAAUAAUAAUGAUAAUAAUUGUUUAACAGAAAUGAAUGAAUUCAGAGAACAUUUAAAUUAUGCGACUAUAUCAAGUUUCAAUGUGUCCAAUGGUAUAGAUUUUGUUCAAUUUCCACAAUCUCAUGCAAAUAUCGAUGAGAAUAACACUAAAACUAAUCUGAAUGAUAAUAAUUAUGCCAAAACGAAUCAUGAUUUGUCAUUAUUCAUGAGAAAUUCAACAAAAUCCAAUGAUGGACCGACUGAAGCGGAAAUUGAUUUAACUUCAAAAUCAAAUGAUCAAUAUCAUCAUCAAUUCGAUGAGAAAUCCACGCUGAUUAAUCGUAAAACAUCUUUAGCAUCAAUUGAAUUUCAUCAAGACAAUCAUCAUCGUUGCAAUCAGAUAGAAAAAAAUGAAUUAACACGAUCAGAUCCAAUCAUUCAUUCAACAAUUGAAAAUUAUUUAGAACAAUCAAAACAAACUAUGGAAUCAUUCAAAGUGUACAAUUGCUUGGAUCAAACUAGUUUACAACAAAAAAUUCAAUGUAUGAAACAACAGUUUUGCAAUUCACAUUAUAAUCCAACUGAUGCUACUACUACUACUAAUACUACUAAUACUACUGAUAAUAAUAAAAGUAGUAGUAGCAGUAGUGGUAGUAGUACUGAUACUCUUACAAGUAGUAGUAGUAGUAGUAGUACAACCAUUACAACAAAUUCUACCAAGAAUGAUAUGAUUCGGUUUUAUUCUACACCAAUGGAAUUAUUAAUGAAAACUUAUAGUAAAGAGAAUUGUUCAAAAUUCGCAGUAAAACAAAGCACAUUAUUACACGGUGCUGCAUAUUCGCAACAGCUUGAGAAUGAUUGUUCAGAAAUCAAUAAUGCUGACAGUAAUCAUACACAAACUGAUAUAUUAUCACCAAUUAUGAGUACUGACUCUAUUCAUUAUCAAAAUAAUAAUAGUAAUAAUAACGGUUACAAAUCAAAUAAAGAAAUAAAUUUCAAUGAAAAUAAAAAACUCAGCCGAAAUCGAACAACAUUUACAUCAGAACAAUUAGAAAUACUUGAAGAAGAAUUUGAACGUACACAUUAUCCUGAUUUAAUGAUUCGUGAACAGUUAGCAGAAUCUAUGCUAAUCCCAGAAUCACGUAUACAAGUAUGGUUUUCAAAUCGUCGGGCGAAAUGGCGACGUGAAGGUAAAGAAUUAUUAACUUUAACUAAACAAGACAAAUCAAAUUCACCAAGUUUAGAUGAAAAUCAAACUAAUGAUCAACAUUAUACUACUACUUAUUCAAUUAUAAAUAAAUCUCAAGAUUUUAUUGUAAAAAAUAAUGAUUAUGAUAAUAAUAAUAAAUUAGAUCAAUUAAAUUUAAUUAAACAAAAAUUGAAUUUUGAACAACCACAAAUGAAUUCAACGAAUUUUAUUGAACAAAACCAUAUUGAUUCAUUGUCUACAUAUCCGAAUUAUCAUCAUGAUCAUCAUCAUCAUCAUCAGUUAUUGAUCGGACAAAAUAAACAGCAACAUGAACAAUUGGAUGAGGCUAGAAAAGAACCGAUCAAUAUGAACUGGACUUAUAUGUCUACACCGAUCAUACAUCAAGAGCUUUCAUCAUCAAAAAAACUUUUCAAUUAUACUGAACAAUAUAAUUCAUUACAUGAUAUUUCAAAUCAAUCAUCCAAUCAAAUUAAUCAUAUAACUGAGAAUAAUAACACUGAAACUUAUACAAUUUUAAAUAAUGUCACACGUUUACAUUCAAUGCCCAAUAAUAAUCAUUUAAACAAAUUAAAACAUUCACAUAGUUUCAAUGAACAUGACACGUUAUCAACAAAAGUCAAUUUAAACAAUACUCUUCUAUCAUCAAUGAAUCAUUAUCAUGAUAUUGAACGAAUUGAUCAUACAGAUCAAAAUUUAAAAUCAAACUGUUUGUCAUAUAGUAAUAGUAAUCAUUUGUUAGAAACGAUCAAUACUGAGAAUAAUACAACAAAUAGUAUAAGUAGUUUAAUGAGUAGUAGUAGUAGUAGUAGUAGUAGUGGUAGUAGUAUACACACAACAAAUAUCAGUGAUUCAUUUGACAUAACACAUAAUCCAGAUAGACAAAUCACUACAGAAUUAAUUAUUGAUAAAACCCAAUCUAACCAUUUAGAUUAUCAAUCGAUAUGGUUGAAUUCUUCUACGGAUCAAAUACAAAAUUAUAAAAUUGAAUCAAGCAAUCCUACAUUAUGGUAUGGAAUGACUUAUCCUCAGCCAAGUACCUUAUCCACAGAUUCUGGUAUUGGUUCUCCGCCGCCUCCGCAACCCACAUCGUCAUCAUCAUCUUCUCUACCUCCUAUUGGAUAUGACAGUAAUCGACCGGCGAUCGAUCAUCAUCAUCAUCUAUUGCCCCAUCAUCUACUUCCUGAUACCUCAUCGCAUCUAUCUUCUAUGGCGGUAGCUGCGGCGGCAGCUGUUGUAGCUUGGAAUAAUACCAAUAAUUCACAUGUUGUUGUUGCACAUACUCAAAAUGAAUAUGAUUCGCUGUUGAAUUCCAAUGAAUCAACACCAAUCAAUACGAAUGAUUAUUUAGAUAGAAUUCCUGCUGAAUUCAAUGUCCACACAACUACAUCGCCAUCAUCGUCCAUGUGUUGUCCACUGACGCUAUCGUCUUCAUCUUCGUCUUCUACUUCUUCGCAACUAGCUUCGACAACUUCAUUAUCACAAUCAGCCGCUUCGUUAUAUUCUACACAUAACAAUAAUCAUAAUCAUAAUCAUAGUAAUAAUAGUAAUACUACUGGUAAUUUUGAUUUAAGUAGUUUAGUUAGUCAAACAUCGAUUGUCAACAGUAAUCCUCCUCCUCCUCCUAACCAUAAUAAUAAUAGUAAUAAUUAUUAUGAUUUUUCACGUUAUUUUCAUUAA